GUCACCAUUGAACUCGUGAUUUCUGGUAGCUGUAUGGAGUGUCCUGCGAAUGGAUCAGAGGCGGUGGUGGAGCCAGCUGAAAGCAGUUUCACAGUGCACCGUUUUGUUGACUCAGUCUCCGACACAAGUGUCCUUUUCGAGGUACUGCGCAUGCGCGAAAGCCUGCUGAUUUGGAUCGGACUGAACGAUCAGGCCAGUUUCGGCGACCUGUCACUAGCCUUCAACUCUCUGUCGUCCAAGGUGUUCGGACAUCGAGACGACUCGACAUCGACCAGCCUUGCCAAUCGACUGUCCCGCCGCCUCAACAAGCCUGUUUUUGUCAGCUACAACAUCCCCGCCUCCAAGAUCGACUCGCCCGGGGUCGAACGUCGGCUGCUCGACGAAAUCACUUCCAAUCCGUCUGCGUUUUGAUUGAAAAUUGACGGACCGUCAAAUUGAAGUAUUGUAAAAUAACACUCAUCGUCUUGCAAAAAGAUAAGAUUAAACUGUGAGGAAGGCACAAGCCACUUGGUAAAUGAUUCAGAUAUACAUUCAUUCAGAUAUGUAUACGCCAUAUACAUACAUGAUUCAGAACGUUCAUAAACAAGUUGAGUUUGAUUGCCUGGAAACCACCAACUAGAAUGGUUCAGAGUUCCGAUAUGACCAAGAGCCAAGCCACACGAGGCGUUUUGCACGACAUGACAGGAAACUCACUCGAUACGCCAACUCAAUCAGCCAAUCAGAGAGCCACUGUCUUGCCGACUGAAGAAAUGCUUCGUGUGGCUUGGCCCAAAUUCCUGCAUAGACUUUUAGAAAUUCUUCAUGGCCUGAACAUCGUACAGUUGUAGGAAUCAAUGGAUGUGCGAAACAUUCAAGAUAUUCUUCAUAAUCAGAGUUUAAAAUAAAAUACUUGUGUGAUUAAAAUAAUUGAAAUGUAGUCAGGGAUAUGAUUGAGAUGAAAUGAAUUCAUGUUUUAUUCUGAAUAAACAUCUUUAAUACAAUAAAUUUAAUAUUAAUGCGUUACUGAAUUACAAAAGAUAUAUUACAAGAUACAGGAUAUUAGAUAAGUAUGUUGAAAUACACCUGUGCAAUGUGAAUAAACUAUUAUUUAUAUUGAAAAUAAUAUAUUAAUUUGACAAGAAUUCAUAUUAUUUUAUAAGGUUCAUCUAUGAUAAGUUAAAAAACUACUCACACUUGAGACAUGAUGAAUUCAACGAUAAUUAUAAUAUUGUUUGCCUCAAGUUUAUGUAGUACUAUUUAAUGUACAAUGUUAAUACGGGUAGCUUGUCCUGUAUUACUGGACAUCUAAAUCUUCAUGAAAAUAACUGAAAGAAAACUAUAAUUUAAAGUGAGCUUGAAAAACCUGGUUAAAAUUAUUUCAACAGUUUCUUACUCACAAAAUUUGAACUGCGAUGUAUUUCUCACACAUCAAUGUUUGGAAAACAAUGUUCAAUUCAUUUUCAAAUUUAAUCAACUUAAAUCCGCAUCCACAUGUUGGUCCAAUGCAUACAAAUGACGACCAGCCGACCACCGAUGGGCAGUUUGCUAGCGCUGGCCCUCGUUGGCCAUAGCUCAGUUUUUAGUCGAGCGGAGGCCAAGCUCAAUGAAGGCCAGCGCUGGAAACUACUCAUCCACACUAAUCGACCAAUGCCUGCUGUUUCCUGAUCUGUCGUCUGCUGUUGCUCUAAAACUACUAUAAGGCCUAAUUUGCGUUACUUGUUUAUUGUGUUCAUUUUAGUUAAUAUUUUCAUUAUCUAUGAUGAAUAUGUCGCUGGCUACCGCUGGCCUUGAUUGGGUUGGCACUGUUCACAUUGCAGUGCAGAUGACGUGCGAUCAAGUUUACCAGACUGGGCCAGAAAGUGGACUAGUCAUUACCCAUACAUCUCAGCUUUACUCCAAUAUUAUAUUAUAGUGAAUAAUAAA